AUGCCAUCGAAGCUUGUGGAGGAAAUUAACCCCAGAACGUACAAUCCAAACGUAUAUUUCACAUCCUUAAAUGGAACCAAAGGUAGACAAGGUGUAUCGAAGAAUAUAAAGUCUACCACUAUAUCUUCAAGGAACAGUAAACGUGUUAACUAUUCGCUAGCUGAUAUGGAGGCUAAAUUGUACACUAGUAAUGCAGAUGAAGUCACCGAAGACUCAACAAACCAUAGAGAUAAAAAAAACUCCAGUAAUCAAUCUUUACCAGAUAAGUUUUCUCCAGCUGAUAUAAUUCAAUCUAGGAAGAGGUUUAUGGAACUUGAUACAGAAAAUAAAAAUGACCAGUACGAGGUUCCUGGGUUACUCUCUACAAUAUUCAAUAUCAACAGAGACAAAAUAGAUUCAUCAGGUUCAAAUACUCGUGGUAAAAACAAAUUUGACGUCCCCAAAAACUUAAAACUUUCAUAUAAAUCAACUAAACCACCUGCAACUCAGAAAAAACCUUCACAUAGACUUACAGCAUUAAAAAGGAUAUUAUCGAGUAAAAGAACUCUGCAAAGUUAUGUCGAAGCUUUAGAUAAUGUAAACAGACAUAUUAUAUUCAGUAAUGUUUACAAUAAAAAAUACUUUAAAGUGUUACCAUUCAUUACCAUAUGUUCCAUUUGUGGUGGAACAGAUGAUCUAUCAGGAUGUAUCAAUUGUGGUGAGAAAAUCUGUUCCGUCAGUUGUUUCAAGUUGCACAAUGAUACAAGAUGCACUAUGUAA